AAUCAAGACCAGUAAAUAGCAACUAUGAUCUCAAUAAGAAUGUAAUCAGCAGAACAAUCUAACACAUCAUCAUGGUGUAUUUGAUAUCAGAAAGAAUAUUUCGCGGAAAUUCAUCAUUGACAUGGGAGUACCUAAGAGCAUCUCCACCGGCGGCCCCGAUAGCGUUUUGGGGGCCGGCAGCGAAAAUGGGCUCACACCGGUGCGCCCCAAACGGCGCCGGCCAAUUUUCGAGCUCAAUAGAAUCGCCGACAACCCCGUGCCGGCCCGUUCGCCAAGGGCGCGGAUCGGGCGCGCCGGCGCCUCGCGUCACGUCUGAAAACGAGCGUGGGCUCCGCCUGGCAGCCAGACACACCGAUUUCCCACCUCCUACCCACGCCCGAGCCGACUCCCACCCCUCUAGAUCGUCGCCGUCGCCGCCGCGCCCCCUGCUUGCAAUAGAAACCGCCGCCUGUCUAGGAAUCGUCGUCCAUCGACACGGCCGCCACCCCCUCGACCGGCGGUCGCUGUUUCGCCCGGAACAGAGCUCGCCGCCACCGCAGCACAACCGCCCCACCCGCAAGGUGUUCGUCCGAUUGCCGCGAUGGACAACGACGACGAGAUGAUGGUGCAGCUGUUCACGGAGGAGCAGAACGCUUAGGCUGUUCGGCGGCGGCAGCAGUUCGUCGUGCCUCGGCGUGGCGGCUCAAAGCCAGGCAAGAGGAGGAACAUCAAUCGGCAUUGUCAAGCCGGCGCAAUGCUGCUUGAUGUUGACUACUUCAACGACGACGCGACUCAUUCGCCGAAGGAAUUUCGGCGGCGGUUUAGGAUGAACAAGGAGUUGUUCUUGAAGAUUGUCCACGGCGUCAAGGAGUACGACAAGUACUUCAUAGGGGCAACAAGAGGAUUUCCUGGGAAGCAUUGACUAUUCAUAGGGCCAAGCAAGAUUGCAUAGGUUUGCCCUUUUGCUACUAUUUGAGAGCACCAAGAGAAGAUGAUACAGCUUGGAUCCUGCAAAAAAAUGCAACAAGAGGAUUUCCUGGGAAGCAUUGACUAUGCAUUGGGGCUGGAAGAAUUGCCCUUUUGCUUGGCAUGGGAUCUACAAGGGACAUACUGGUGAGUGCUGUGUCAUUCCUGAGGCGGUGGCAGGCCAUGAGCUUUGGAUUUGGCAUGCAUUUUUUUGGCAUGGCAGGAACAAACAAUGAUAUCAACGUGUUGCAGCGCUGGCUAGCUGAGGGACAAGCUCUUGCCGUGAAUUUUGAGGUAAACGACCACGCAUACAACAAGGGGUACUGUCUAGCUGAUGGUAUCUACCCGACGUAUGCUACAUUUGUGAAGACAAUUCCCUCUCCGGCAAACGAGAUGGAAGCUUAUUUUGCAACAUGCCAGGUGUUGAGCGUGCUUUUGGGGUGCUUGAGCAGCGUUUCGCCAUUGUCAGGUACCCUGCUCUCACUUGGUAUGAGUCUCAGAUGUGGUAGGUGAUGAACGCCCGUGUGGUCAUGCACAACAUGAUCAUUGAGAGCGAGCGCAACGCACCUGUGCAGGAUGAUCAACCAUUUGAUUAUCAAGGGCCACUCGCUGAGGUAGAGCAUGUACCCUAAGAAUUUGCCGCUUUUCUUCAUAUGCACAAUGAAAUUCGAGAUGCAAAUGUCCAUGCACAACUGAAGGCGGAUCUAGCUGCGCAUUUGUGGGCGAGGAGAGGAGCCACCAACAAUGCAUGAUUUAUUUCUAUUUUCUUGGUUGUAUAUUUUUUUGUUUGGUUGUAUGAAUAAUUGAAGUACUAUUUGUUUGAUUGAUUGUAUGAAUAAUUUAAGUACUAUUUGUUUGAUUGCAUGAAUAAUUUAAUUCUAAUUGUGUGAUUGUAUGAAUAAAAUGUGAUUGAUAUGUUGUUUCAAAACAUUGUAAAAAGAAAAAAAUUGGGGGCCGCCGUUUGGGAGGCGCCGGUGUGGGAACAGCGUCCCCAAAUGGAGGAUGCACUGCCGGCGCCCCCCAUACAGCAGUGCCGGCGCCCCUGCCGGCGACUAUUUGCGGGCCGCCGGUGGAGAUGCUCUAACCUUGAAGCUUAGACGUUGGUGAGGUCCCUGUAAGGAUAGUUUUAACCAUCACAGAUAGCAUGAAGCAAAGGAUAAGGGUUGAGACUAACAACACACUUAGCUAGAAUAAUGAAUUCAUGGAGCUCAUGUAAAAUUUCUCACAAAACAGGCACGAGCUCCGGAUUAUGUGGUAAAUAUUUUAUCUGGAUUAGAGUUGGAUCUAUGUAAUGUUUGUUUUUAUCCAUCUAAAAAUGAAAAUAUUUGAAUGGCAAAGUUUACUUGAAGGGCAUAGAUAUGAAAUAAUAAACUUUCAGUUUUGGACUGCACAGUGUGUAUUUUUGAAGAAGUCAAAUUUUCAUUUCUUUCAAUUGUGAUUUGAAAAUCAGUAAAAAGACUGUAAUUUGCCUUUUCUUUCUAUGGAAGACUUCCUUGUGACUAGUUGAAUAUUAGGAUUCUGUUGUGGAACAUGAAACUACUAUUUCAUUCCAAUUCUAUUUUGUACGGUUAUUUUGGUGUCAAAUAAAUUUUAAGUUUGAAUACAUUACAAUUUUGAAACAUUCGUAUGCCUGCCUAUAUUGUUCUAAAUUAAAAGUCUGGACCUAUCAUAAGAUCGUUACAUUGAUUGAAGAGUCAAUGAUGACCGCUCACCGAACAAUGCUUCCAGAUGUUUCCUCCCUGACAUUUUGAACUUAUGGAAUUUGCCAUUCCAAUAUAAUUUCAUAUUCCGCUAGAAAUCCACUCUCAACUUUUUGUGGUCCAAAUAGGUAGUGAUAUAGAAAGUUGGGAAUCAUUCCAUUGAGAAGGCUGAAUGGCAUGUGCUCCCACUUACAAGGUUGUGUGCUGGUUCAGUUGGGAGUGGGAAUUUUGAAACAUCACCAGAGAAUCCCCAUUGGUUAAAGUUUCCCAGUUCUAUUUAAGAGGCAUAGGGAUAGGCCUCUCAGAAUUGUCAUCUGGUCAGACUUCAAAAUCACUGAGUGAUACAAAACAAUGGCAUUUGUUGUGCCCUCCUUCUCUUAUUUGAGGUGCCAUUUUUCUCUGCCCCAUCCAUGGAUUUCGAACAGAAAACAAGUUGCUUUUGGCAGGCCAGUAUGAGGUGACUAUGUGCCAAGUUAUAUUGAACCUUCAGCAUGCAAAAAAAAAAAAACUGCUGCCCAGAAGGGUGCACCAGAUAUUCAACAUUCAGUUUCUGAUUCUUUUCAUGUAUAACAUGUUGGUUGGUUUCAAAUGGAUAGAACACUGCUUUAGUUUCUGCUUGUAUGUUCAAUGUCUCACAAAUUGAUUGGUUCUUUCUAUACUUUUAUCUUACAGUACUGUUGUUUUGCAGCUUCAGCAUUCGGACAUCCUUUCUUAAAAUCAUCAAUAUUUGGAACUGGCAUGAUUUUGAGCAAGAGAACUAAUGCUGUUACUCCUGGUAGGCCAUUGCUUAGGACUACUGAUGUGUUGAAUGCCUUUGAAGAUGAAUAUGGUGGAGUGGUAGUUGACCCUACCUUUUUACCAAAUACAUUGAAUGCAUUUUCUGCAUCACUCCGGUCCUCACUAUCUUAUUGGAGUCAGCAGGGAAAGAGAGGGGUCUGGUUGAUGAUACUGGAAGGUCAAGCUGAUGUAGUUCCAAUUGCAAUAAAGGAAGGGUUUAUUUAUCAUCAUGCAGAACCAGGGUAUGUGAUGUUAACUUGUUGGCUUCCAGAUGGACCUGCUGCUUUGCCUUCCACCUCGCUGCAUCAAAUUGGUGUUGGAGCAUUUGUCAUGAACGAAAAACAAGAGGUGCUUGUUGUGAAAGAAAGAAAAUGCUCAUCACACUGUUCGGGCAUCUGGAAGAUCCCCACUGGUUUUAUUGAUAAGUAUGAAGACAUAUUUUUUGGAGCCGUAAGAGAAGUUAGAGAAGAAACUGGGAUAGAAAGCUGCUUGCUGGAUGUGGUCGCUUUCAGGCAUGCACACCAAGUCACAUUUGACAAGUCAGAUAUACUCUUUAUAUGCACACUGAAGCCGUUAUCAUUUGACAUCUCUGUUGACGAAUCAGAGAUUGAAGCGGCACAGGAGGAUGAAAUGCGCAAGGCGAUAGUUGACAUAUGCAUAGCUAGAUAACAGAAGUGCUACACAGGAUUUGGGGCUUAUUAGGUUAUGUCGAAGCUUGAUAAUAGGGAUGCUUGCCUCUACUUCCAGGAUACUCUGGAGUCUGGAAGCAGCUGGGUGCGUUCCUGAGACAAGUUGGUAUAAAGUUUGAUUAACUACCUAGAAAAGUGGACAUGUGCCCAAUGGUCCAGGUGCAAACAAUAUUUGGCAUGUUGAAUACCCCUUUCUUUUAUGGUAUCUUCGAAAAUCCAGAAGUUAUCACAGUUCAACGAUAAGAAGACACCUAGAGAGGCUGUUUUUUCCCGCACUAAAGUUAUCACUCUGAAAAUAAUCAUAAUUUAGGGUACUCUUCAUCUGUAACAAAACUGCUGAUGUUCACAUUAAUGAUAUUUCUGACGCCUUAGCUACAAUGGUGGAUACUUGUUGAUCCAUGUAUAAUGUGUGUGUAUCAAUGUAUGAAACCUUUUUUUUUUU